AUGAGAGAAAUAAUCCACUUACAGUCGGGACAAUGCGGGAAUCAAAUUGGAGCGAAGGUAUGCUAAAAUGUUUGUGCUUUUAGUUUUUUCUACAGAUAGGUUAUAAACGUUAGAUGAUUAUAUAGGAUUUAAUUCUUACAGACAAAAUGCGAUUCUGAAGAAAAUGUCUUUCGAUCAAUAGCAUAUAUAAUUAGUAUAUCGACAGUUAUUAUAAAAAUUAAAUCUAGCUAUUUGAGUAUUAUUGGCACUGGUCACUAUUUCAUAAACAUUUCAUGGUUAUAGUUCUUUCAUGGCAACAACGGGUCGUAAAAAUUGAAAAAAAUAUAUAUGUAAGAAAUGCCACUUCUAGGAUCGAGGUUUUUAAAAGUAGAAACUGAGUUAGCAUCCAUAUAUUCGCAGUUCUGGGAGACAAUUUCUGAAGAGCAUGGUAUAGAUGAAAGCGGCGCCUACAAUGGUCAAGAUGAUAUACAGUUGGAAAAAAUUGACGUCUAUUAUUCCCAGUCAGGAUGUAAGUAAUCCUAGCAUGAUAUUUCAAACAUACGACAUAACUGGUCGAGACUGCCAUUCCUUCUAUUUAAAAUUUCCACGCCCUUUAUGAUAAAUUCCAUGCAAAGUCAUUCAGUUACUGGUCGCACGAGAUGGUCAUUCAAUGAAUGUUGGUUCGUUUUCUCUAGAUGGUAAAUAUAUCCCUCGCGCCAUAUUGUUUGAUCUGGAGCCUGGUACCAUGGACGCGGUGCGAGCUGGUCCGUAUGGUCAAAAUUUCCGACCAGAUAACUUCGUGUUUGGUAAGAUGACGUAAUGGAAAUAUACCACAUAAUUCAAAGAAAACCUACUUAGCUUUGCUUAUAUAUACUGGAUAGCUCUAUCAGUUCUACACAAUUAUUUCUAGAGGUCCACUAAGGCCAUCCUUUUUGUUUGGUUUUUCCCAAAACUUAAUUGCUCUCUUUUCAGGCUAUAGUGGAGCGGGAAACAACUGGGCAAAAGGCCAUUACACCGAAGGCGCAGAAUUGCUGGACACUGUAUUGGACAAUGUACGCAGGGAGGCCGAGAACUGCGAGUGUUUGCAGGGGUUCCAGCUUGCCCACUCCUUGGGCGGUGGAACAGGCUCCGGCAUGGGCACAUUACUGAUGACGAAAAUCCGGGAAGAAUAUCCCGACCGGAUAAUGAACACCUUCAGUGUGGUCCCUUCCCCGAGGGUGUCAGAUACCGUAGUGGAGCCGUACAAUGCGAUAUUGUCGUUUCAUCAACUGAUAGAAAACACAGACGAGACUUUCUGUAUCGAUAACGAGGCUCUGUACGAUAUAUGUUUCAGGACUCUGAAACUUAAGACACCUACAUAUGGGGACUUGAAUCAUCUAGUUGCCUUGACGAUGAGUGGCGUCACCACUUGUCUCAGAUUUCCAGGACAGGUAAGUCUCGCAAUGCGUUGUGGUCUGGUUGAUUCGCUUAUCGUGGAAACACGAUGAUUACUUAUUUUGCAAAGCAGGAUUCUCAUCAGUGGAAAUAACUUGCGGAUUGAAUAAGUUAGUCUGUCAUGUCAGCAAAUAACAAGGUGUUGAACACUUGUCUACAAUUUAGGAGCGCGAGCAGUCUUGAAAUAGUCUUGUAGCAAGUCCGCGCUAGGCUUGUAAUAACUUGUUAACAGGCAGAGGACAAUCAGUGCAAAUACAACCCGAUAUCAACUUCUCGAAACAAACUAGUCUGCUGCAGGCAGGUAUGUUAAUAGUACGUUAAAGGCAACAAUAAUAUACUCCUUGUUUUCCAGUUGAAUGCUGAUUUGAGAAAACUGGCGGUGAACAUGGUACCAUUCCCACGACUUCACUUCUUCAUGCCAGGCUUUGCGCCACUCACCAGCCGUGGCUCGCAGCAGUAUCGUUCCAUGACAGUUGGCGAGCUUACACAACAAAUGUUCGAUGCUAAAAACAUGAUGGCUGCUUGUGAUCCUCGUCAUGGUCGUUAUCUCACAGUGUCUUGUAUAUUCCGUGGUAAGAAUGACAAUAAUAACAAGUUUACUUUACGUGGCUGACAUAUGACAACGAUUAGCUGGUAAAUUUCUGGUCCAAAAUUACCUACCUCAAUGCAAUACACUCCUCAAAAUUACCUAACUAAAUACAGUAUAUUAAUUGCUCGAAGUCGCGGUUUGCCAAAUUAAAUAUAAAAUGUCAGGUAAACUGAAGAAGAUUCGUUUCUUCCAAAACAAAAUGUUGUUCAUUCUAAGCUUGGGUGUUGUAUUAACUCAAUCAUUCUGAGAGAGUUAAUAACUAAACACGCCAUGUAAAAAUAGCAAACAAAUAGAAAUGAAAAAUAAUAUUCAUUUCUUUAAAGGUACUGUAGAUAUGAGGGACCAUUUUAUGAUAUAUUGCACACUUGAACUACAGAUCUGGCCUGCCCCCCCAAAAACAUAUGUUAGCCUUCUUAGACCAUAUAUAUAUUUUAUUUCGAACCCUGUGUGUGCUGUACCUAAAAGUGACCAAUGUCUUUACAAGGUAAAAUGUCCAUGAAAGAAGUCGAUGAUCAUAUGGUUCAAAUCCAGAACAGGAACAGCGCGUAUUUUGUGGAAUGGAUUCCGAACAAUGUGAAGACUGCUGUCUGUGAUAUCCCACCCCCCGGGAUGAGGAUGUCUGGGACGUUUGUUGGUAAUACAACGGCAAUACAAGAGUUGUUUAAACGCAUCAACGAGCAGUUCACGGCCAUGUUCCGUAGGAAGGCUUUCCUGCAUUGGUACACGGGAGAGGGCAUGGAUGAAAUGGAAUUUUGUGAGGUAAGAACAAUGAGCUUUAUUUACCACUGGGCCAUACAUUACGUUAACAGUUGUGUUUUAAGAAAUUAAUGAAAAAGAAGUGAUUUUAACUGAGAAAAUCGAGGAAAACGUUUAUGCAAAUCAGGAGAAUUUUGUAUAUGUGGAUACAAUGACACAUUAAACAUUGAUUUCUUUUGAAAUUCGUGAAUUAUUGAGUUUUACAAGCCGAUUUGAACCUGCAUGGGCAGAGAAAACUAUGGACUCGCAGUUAGCCCCCUACUAUAUAGAUUAAACGCCACUUACAAGAUUUUCCUCACUUCAUAGGCGGAGUCGAAUGUGGCAGACCUCGUGUCAGAAUAUCAACAAUACGAAGCCGAGGAAGAGGACGCUGAUCAUGACGAUGUAGAUUCUGAUAACGAGUUUUUUGCCUGAAAACGAAGAAAUGGACCUAAUGUAUAGUAUGGAUAUGGGAAUACUAAACACACUACUUAGUAGUAAUAAUGCCUGGUUUUCACUUGCAAAACAAGCAAAAGCUAAACAAAGCUUUUGUGCUCUCUCUUUUCCUCCAAGAUUUAGCCUGCGUGGCAGGCCCUCAGUUUUAUGGGGGCCUGAUUUGCAACGUGCAGGAUUUUGGCGGGCACGGGGGAGGAAUUAAAAACUGAGGCGCCUGCCACGCAGGCUAUCCAAGAUUAUACUCGUGUGUUGCAGGUGAAAACCCAGCUUGCGGGCAGCUCCAGAUCGCAGGCUAUAGUGAAGAUCAGACUGUAGACUCAGUAUGCAAUUUUCUUUUAAGAAGUUACUUUAACUAAGGACUGUAAAUUUAUCAUCGAAGGCCAAAUAAAAAAAGAUUACAUUACGUGACAGGGUCAUAGACAUCUUAUAUUACACUAGAUAGUGCAACUAAUUAUUCUACAAUUCAAAAAUUGAAGCCGUGAUUGCAGACUCGAUCAAGAUAUUCCCAUGAAAUGAGAAGAUUCGUAUGUUUACUAUUUCUUAAACACGGAAGUUAAAUAUUAAGGUAAACCUAUUCCAAAUACAUUUUUAAACUAUUCAAAUGAUGAAAGUUAUUGUUGUGUUUUAAGCGUUUAUUAGCGAGUGGGAAACUCCAACAUGGCCGCCAUCUAUCCAAAUGGGGGUAACCGCUGGAUUAUUCUUGGCUUCAAUUUUACUAAAAGAGAUGCGCUAUCUAGUCUAUAUAAGAUAUCUGUGGACAAGGUACCAGUCAACACGCUGUCCCACGAUUGCCUUGAACGGUCAUAUGUAGACAUUCAGUUAUAUCCACUGUCUUUGAUUUGCCACACAUGUUCAACAUACAGCACCGCUGCAGAUUCAGCACGCUUCGGAUUAAAGAACUCUGGCUGACUUCCUUAUGCGUAACUUUUUAAUAUACUCUUUCCGUAAUUACAUCACGAAUACUUCAUUGGCCUGGGAGCAUCGCUCUCAUGAAUCAAGACGAAAGACUAUUAGGUCACAAGAACGAGGUUCCCGGGCUAAAGAUGGACUUGUGACGCAAUAUCGAAAGGAUGUACUCACAUUGAAUAGUAUCUCAUAAUAUUAUUAUGAAAAUAUCAUACCUAUAUACAUGUGCUAAAUAACCCAAAUUUUAUAUAUACAAGUUUUCUAAAUUACCAAAUUUUCUAAAUUACUUUAGGGACCGGUCAUUAUUUAUGGUGGGGGGUGGCACCGAAGAGAAAUGUUUUUUGUGGGAAAAAUUUUGCUGACCCAACCAUUAAAAAGUCAAAAAUUUGAUUACCCAACCUCAAAUAUCAAUUAAAAAAUGAAUACCCACCCCUGGCCAAAACCUUUACAAAAGGUUACCAUUCAGUUGUCACACAUGUCCUUUUAAUUGCCACUUCUGUGACAUGAGUUUGAUAACGGCUUGUGAAAUUUUCUGCAAUCUAAAGUUUCAUAUUGUCUGCACUUGUAGUUUCUUUGGAGACACAAUUUGUCUCCUGACAAAUUGGAAAAUGAUGAAGAUAAUGACUUGAUUCACAUAUUAUAUUGACAUUGCUUUUUAGUCUCCAAUAUUUCAGUGAGUCAUGCUUUGGAAAUAACAAUAAUUUUUUUAUUACCCAAUCCUUGAGUUGUUUUGUUUUUCAUUUACCCAACCUUUUACUUACUCAAAAUUUAGUUUACCCAACCCUUUUCUCUUCGGUGCCACCCCCCACCAUAAAUAAUGACCGGUCCCUUAACACAACAGUUUCGGUCCAUAUCGGCUGUUCCCACUGGCAACACAAUAAGAGUCUCUCUCGAAGCAAGUCUACUUUAAACAUCAUACUAAGUUUCUUAGCAUUUUUAUACUUACACUUAUUUAAAAUUCGAACGAAACCCAACGAAAGCCAGAUAAAGCUAUCCACCGGAUAAAGCUAUCCACCGGAUAAAGUCAUCCACCGGAUAAAGCUAUCCCCGGAUAGUGAUUUUUUCAACCUUUGUAAAAUUGUUCGUUGAUAACCCGGAUUAAACAUUAGCAUUUAUAAAUUAAAGUUUCGUUUUAUUAAUUGUGAGCUCCAUAUUCGUAGUUUUAUAACUUUUCAAGCAAAUUUUCACAGCGGUUGAAAAAAUCACUAUCCAGUGGACAGCGCUAUUCAGCCGGCUUCCUACAACCGACCCCUGUACAUUAGCUGCCAAAUACAUGUGAUGCAUAAUAGGGUGCCACUACCUUCAGGAUUUCAAUAUCAACGCAUUACUGUAAGUUUCUGCCUAUCAGUUUUUCUUAUCAAAAAUACCGAAACUAAACAACUCAGUUCAACUUAUCUGCUUUUUGUACUUUAUGAAUCGAACAAGAUUAGUCCUCGCUGUAUUUACAAUUGGGAUACGAUCUCCAAGAGUAGAUCUUUCUUUCUUUACC